CGCGCCUCGCAGUGUGGUCGUAUCAUAGGGUGCCCAGUGCACCCACUGAGGUGGCCGGACCUCUGGGUGUCUGAGCGUGCCUCUGAGGUGGCCGGAUCGCCGGUGACCGGGGAGUUUUGUACUGGAUUUGGUCGUGGAUGCGGUUUCCGGCCAAGGUGGCCACUGCAGAGUCCAAGGGUCACACCCUGUUGAGAAAGCGCCAACAGCCCAGAUGGAGGGAGUGACAUUGAACCUGACAGGUCGCUGCAGAGCAUUUGCCUUUAACGUCCUCCUACCGCUUGGUCCGAGGUCUGGGGAGCUGUGUCUUUGGAGUGACCACACCUUGUGUGGGCUGUGAGAAGCUGCUUUAUGGUGGCGGGUGGGGCAGGUUAAUAAAGUGCAGAAUCUGUCCUGGUUUUUACUCUAAAAGGGAGCUGGUAGUAUCGACAGGUUAAUCUUGGAAAGCUAAGAAGAGGGCGUGGUGGUAGGGGGCAAAUGGCAGCUUGGGGGUCCCGGGAUAAUAUGUAUUUCAGAGGCUUCCUGUCUGCGGGCAUGCCCUAGAGCUGCGUUAAGUGUCACUAUUUCCUUCCAUAGGGCAGGCACUGUCCCCUCUCCCCUCCCUUCCUCCAAGUCCCUAAGGCCAGAUCUCUGCACUGGCAAGAGUCUGGGCCUGCCAUUUCCCCCGGUUCAUUCUUAGAGCGGAACAAGACCUGCCAGGAUCAUAGGUGUGCCUGGCAGGCACCUAACUGCCCCUGUCGUCUCCACCGCACCCACUGCAGAGUUGCUGCGACAGUGGGACCGCUACCUUCUAAUGCCUUCUGCCCCCUCCUUUUUGGCUGUUCACCUCUCGCCCCGCCCACCACCUUCCUUCCCCAGCGCGUUCCGCUGCACACCCACCAGGCACGCGUGGAUGCCUAGGGCUGGGAGCAGCCUUUGCGGAGCGCCUACGACGGCGAUCCGCAGCCGGGCCGGGGCUGCCCCAGCUCCGGGUGCACCCACGUGGAAACCGCCGGCUACCCCAGGGUCCCGGGCUCAGCUGAGGGCAGAGUUCCCGCGAAACCCCAAGGUGGUCCGCAGGUCAAUGUCCAUCUGUCUCCGCCCCACCACCCCUAGUCAGGAUGUGAACGGAAGGUUUGGAAGCUCCAGUGUCCCCAGCUAUCCCUGGACAAAGCCUCCCGCUUUCCGGCUUCCCACUCCGGAAAUUCAAGGAGGCCCGGACCGCGGGAAAGGGACGCGUGUGGAGAGCGCCUUGAAGCGUCUGGCCAGGAUGCGGGUGCCGGUCGUGUCCCAGCCUUGCCUAGCGCGGCUGCUCCCGCGCCUGCAUCCGCGCCGAGGUGCUGCAGAGCGCAGGCCGGGCGGCGCCGGUGGCUGCACACCCACGUGCCGGGGUGAGCGCGCCCUUAGCCAGCCGCUGCUGCUCGGCUGGCGCCGGCUAGAUCUCCGCAACGCCCCGCCCCACCCUCCCAGUGCUCUCAGCCUCCUUGGCGUCUCGGCCACAGCUUCCGAGACCCAGUGCCGCCUCUGAGAACCGCACUACCCGGCAUGAUUGCGGGCGGUUGCCAGGAAGCCGCACCUCCGCGCUAGGUCCGGUGCUUACCUGGUUCUGUGCAUGGCCGGGUUCGGUCACUGCUCCCGGGGGUUCGUUCGCCGCCCACUGCCUCCUGAAAGGUGCACGGGAGGGCGUUCCCGAGGCUCCAGCACCUCCUGAAACGCUUCCCCAACUGACAUUCUGCAUGGUACCUUCUUAGCCUGUCACCUUCUUUGAUAGGAGGGGAUGCGUAGCCCUGGCGUUUUCUUUCUGGGCCAUGCCUCUCGCUCACAUCAACGCCCACUUCUACACACACCUGAUCGCGGCUAGUCCAGGCCCCGAAUCCUCCUCACCCAUUCCUAGAUCCAACACUCCGCAGUCGCUGACAGCAACGUGAGGGGGUGGCACUUAAGAGCGUGGUAGUGUCCCCAAAUUUAAGAAACAGUCACCUAUCCCUUGUCUUUGUGUGUUUCAAGGCGUGUAGCAUGUUUAAGAACACAUACAAUCCGGAAGCACUCACACAGUUGGAAAAUCAGACCAGAGUAUCUUGAGAGAAGUGUAGAUUCACAUGCAUUUCUAAGAAAGAACUCAGGCUUUGUUGGUGCUGAUUUGUUUCUGAAACAGGGUCUCCUCUCGCCCUGGCUAGCCUCAAAUUUAGCAGGUAGUCUAGGAUGAUGUUGAACUUCUGGUCCACCUGAGAGCUGGGAUUACAGGCUUGCACCACCACUCCUACUUAUGUGGUGCCAGUAAUCAAACCCAGGGCUUCCUAGAGGUGAGGCAAGAGCUCUGUUAACUGAACUGCAGGUCCCAGGCCCCUCGAUGAAACUACAAACAAUGCUGUAUAUUAGUGGAUAUUGGUACAGCAUGAAUGGAAUCCCUCCUUCCGUCCCUUUCUCCCCAAUCUCCAAUUAUUCCUGUUCCCCCCCACACAAAUGAAAUUUUGGGUAGUCACCACCACUGCCGACUCACCAAAGUCUCCCUGUCCCCGAGGAUGACAGGUGACCCCUGACAACCCUGUAUUUUCCACCCCUCCCAAGUUUUGUCCUUUCAAGACUGUUGAAUAAAUGGAAUUACACAGUCAUGUGGUCUGUUUCUUUGUUCUUUCUUAAAACAACAACAAAAACCUCAAUGUUAUUUCCCCGAAUUCCAUCCUACUUGUCAAUAGUUGGUCAUUGGAUUGAAUUCAUG